AGUAUUUAAUGAAAGAUCCACAUUCGCCGAGAGACGAUGGCAGGCUUCCUGGAUAAUUUCCGAUGGCCGGAGUGUGAGUGUAUCGACUGGAGCGAGAGAAGGAACGCGGUGGCCUCUGUGGUAGCUGGGAUAUUGUUUUUCACAGGCUGGUGGAUAAUGAUCGAUGCCGCAGUGGUGUUCCCUAAGCCAGAGCAGCUGAACCCUGCCUUUCACACAUGUGGUGUGUUCUCCACGCUGGCUUUCUUCAUGAUCAAUGCUGUAUCCAAUGCCCAGGUGAGAGGUGACAGCUAUGAGAACGGCUGUUUGGGGAGAACAGGUGCUCGAGUGUGGCUUUUCAUCGGGUUCAUGCUGAUGUUCGGGUCACUUAUUGCCUCCAUGUGGAUCCUCUUCGGUGCCUAUGUUACCCAGAAUACCGAUGUUUAUCCAGGAUUAGCUGUGUUCUUUCAAAAUGCACUUAUAUUUUUUAGCACCCUGAUCUAUAAAUUCGGGAGGACAGAGGAGCUGUGGAGCUGAGGCCAAUUGUGAACCCCAUUUUCUUCCGACUGUAUUCUAGCUGUAGAUAUGUUUUUAAUCUCUCAAUAUAGUUGACUGCAUUUUGCCAAACGAAGACACCCGUGCAGGGAAUGUGCUGUUCUGGCCUGCGCCUGUGCCCUGAAUGUGGAAACAUGCCUCGGAUACAUGUGUCCUCCAUCUUCAUGGUCGGGAUGGUUAAUGUGCUCCUGCCAUGACGGACACAUGGGUUUGUGUCAGAGCCUGAGAGCUGGGCCUGGCCCCUGAGCCCAGGGCCUGUCAGAGCUCAAGCCAUGGUCUUUUU